GCCUGGGCACUGGAAGCUCCCUGCAGCAUGCUGAGGAGACGUAACCUUCUUACCACGCUCCUGAUUGCCUUGCCAUGGGCUCUUCUCCUGACCUUGUGGCACCAGUACCCAACCACCCACUACCUCAGCCUGCUGAGAAAAGAGACAGAUGAGAAUGUGACCUCUAAAGCUCUCCUUAACGGUACAUCUGCACGGAGAGAAGAAGGCUUCCCAUCAUGCACUCGGCAGCAGCAAAGCAUAGGGGCAAUGCCUAAAAUAAUCCAGAAUUAUGUGUACUCCAGGCCUCCCCCGUGGUCAGACAGCCUGCCGACCAUCUUUGUUAUCACCCCAACCUACACCCGGCCAGUGCAAAAAGCUGAGCUGACUCGUCUAGCCAACACCUUCCUCCACGUACAGAACCUGCACUGGGUGGUGGUGGAGGACUCUCCGCGGAGGACCAACCUUGUAUCCAACCUGCUGGAGAAAGCUGGGCUCAACUUCACCCACCUCAACGUGGAGACACCCAAAAGCCUGAAGCUGGGUCUGUCCUGGAUCCCAUCCCACACCCCAAGGGGUACGCUACAGAGGAACCUGGGGCUGCACUGGCUGAGGGACAGCUUCAGCAACACCUCACCACCAGAAGGUGUAGUCUAUUUUGCUGAUGAUGAUAACACCUACAGCCUGGAGCUCUUUGAGGAGAUGCGCUACACAAGGCGGGUCUCAGUCUGGCCAGUGGCAUUCGUCGGGGGGCUGCGAUAUGAAUCCCCAAAAGUGAACCCAGCAGGAAAGGUGGUGGGCUGGAAAACCGUCUUUGACCCUAAUCGUCCAUUUGCUAUUGACAUGGCUGGAUUUGCUAUCAGCAUCAAGUUGAUUUUAGAGAAGCCUCACGCCAGUUUCAAGCUGGAGGGAGUUAAAGGAGGCUACCAGGAAACUAGUCUGCUGAAGGAUUUAGUGACUAUGGAUGGGCUGGAGCCCAAAGCAGCUAACUGCACAAAGGUGUUGGUUUGGCACACAAGAACUGAGAGGCCCACUCUGGUUAAUGAAGGCAAGCGUGGGUUUACAGACCCCAGAGUAGAGGUGUAA